AAUUUUGAGAUUUCAAUCGGUGAUCGGAGCAGAUCUCGGAUUGAAUUAUGUUGUACGGAUAGAUUUAUGAAGUGAUUGCUAUCGGAGAUUUAGGAUUCUGAUUUUCACGCUAUUGAAAUUUGUAGAAGUCAUCCAAUUAGCAUUGGUCAUGGAUACACACACGCUAAAAUCUGUCUCGGAUUUGCCUGGAAAUUUCCGUUCAGCUUUUAGUUUCAGAUACUUCAACUCGUUGCAGAGCGAGUGUUUUCCACUGUGCUUCCACUCCGAUAUCAACAUGGUUAUUUCAGCGCCAACGGGAAGUGGUAAAACCGUACUUUUUGAGCUAUGCAUUUUAAGGCUCCUCUCCAAGUCCAUAUCUAAGGAAGGAAUGUUUCUCCAUGCUAAAGGAGCUCUUAAAACAGUUUACAUAUCUCCGUCCAAGGCUUUAGUUCAGGAGAAGCUGCGUGAUUGGAAUCAAAAGUUUAAUUCAUGGGGAAUCAGUUGUUUGGAGCUGACAGGUGAUAAUGAAAACUACAGCACAAGGAAUAUACAAGACGCAGAUAUAAUCUUGACUACACCUGAGAAAUUUGAUGCAGUGAGCCGUUAUCGCGUUACCAGUGGAGGCUUAGGUUUCUUCAGUGAUAUUGCGCUUGUGCUCAUUGAUGAAGUUCACCUACUGAAUGAUCCGCGUGGAGCUGCUCUUGAGGCAAUAGUCAGUAGAAUAAAGAUUCUUUCUAGCAAUCAUGAACUAAGGUCAAGUCCUCUAGCCUCCGUGCGUCUUCUGGCUGUCUCAGCUACUAUCCCAAACAUUGAGGAUUUAGCUGAAUGGCUCAAGGUUCCUACUGCAGGAAUUAAGAGGUUUGGCGAAGAAAUGAGACCUGUUAAGUUGACAACUAAAGUUUUUGGUUAUGCUGCUGCCAAGAAUGACUUCCUCUUUGAAAAGGUAUACAGUUUCUGCAUCUUGGAUUUAGAUAGCCUUAGCCUCUCUUGUUGUAACUUAUACUACGCUGCUGAGGAAAUCUUUGAAUUUUCAGACAUUUUAAUGCAAUACUCAAAAGGAAAAUCUGCCUUAGUUUUCUGCUCGACACGAAAAGGCGCUCAAGAGGCUGCACAAAAGCUUGCUCAGACUGCAAUGACCUAUGGUUACUCAAAUCCAUUUAUUAAAAGCAGAGAACAGCUGGAAAGAUUAAGGGAGGCUUCGCCAAUGUGCAGUGACAAACAAAUGCAAUCAUAUAUCCUCCAAGGCGUUGGUUAUCACAAUGGUGGACUUUGCCAAAAGGACCGCAGCCUCGUAGAAGGGCUCUUCCUUAAUGGAGAUAUCCAAGUUAUCUGCACGACCAACACUCUUGCCCAUGGAAUCAACCUGCCUGCACAUACAGUCGUCAUAAAAUCAACUCAACAUUUCAACAAGGAAAAAGGUCACUACAUGGAAUAUGAUCGUUCCACACUACUACAGAUGUGUGGCAGGGCUGGUCGGCCUCCAUUUGAUGACACGGGAAUGGUUAUUAUUAUGACCAGAAGAGAGACGGUCCAUCUGUAUGAGAAUCUCUUGAAUGGAUGUGAGGUUGUUGAAUCACAAUUGCUGCCAUGCUUAAUAGAGCACCUAACCGCAGAAAUAGUUCAACUUACUAUCUCUGACAUUACACGGGCAAUUGAGUGGAUGAAGUGCUCAUACCUGUAUGUCAGAAUGAAAAAGAAUCCAGAGAAUUAUGCUAUUAAGAAAGGAAUUCCGAAAGAUCAAGUAGAGAAGCAUUUGCAAGAGCUUUGCCUUCAGAAGAUCAAUGAGCUUUCACAAUAUCAGAUGAUCUGGACUGACACAGAUGGUUUUGUUUUGAAACCAGAAGAGCCCGGAAGGCUGAUGACAAAGUAUUAUCUAAAGUUUGACACAAUGAAGUACAUUAUUAAUGCGCCAACGGGCUAUAGCUUGGAUGAGGCUCUUCAUAUUGUGUGUCGUGCGGAAGAGAUAUCUUGGAUACAGCUCAGACGCAAUGAGAAGAAGACCUUAAAUGAUGUAAAUGCAGAUAAAGAAGGGCGGCUCAGAUUCCACAUCAACGAUAAUAAAAGAAAGCGGAAAAAACGCAUCCAAACCAGAGAAGAGAAACUAUUUGUGCUUGCAAAUGAUUGGUUGACUGGGGAUCCUUCAGUCCAUGAUUUAUCCAUGACUCAGGAUGCUAACUCUAUUUGCUCGAAUGGAUCCAGAAUAGCGAGAUGCAUGAAAGAGUACUUUAUAUACAAAAAGAAUUAUAAAGGAACGAUUAGCUCAACUCUUCUGGCAAAAUCACUCUAUCAAAAGCUGUGGGACGACAGUCCAUAUUUGCUGAAACAAUUGCCUGGCAUUGGAAUGGUUACUGCAAAGGCACUUCAUUCAAUGGGAGUCAGGUCAUUUGAAGCUCUUUCUGAAGCUGAUCCACGAAGGAUAGAGAUUGUUACCGGUCGAAAAUAUCCUUUCGGAAAUACCAUCAAGGAGUCUCUAUCAUCCCUACCUCCAAAAGUUGAAAUCAAGGUCCAGGAAGUUGACUGCCAGAAGCAAGGGAUAACUAAAUUAGCAGUCACAUUGACACGGCUAUCACAACCUCUCCAAUCCACAAAACGCCAUUAUGCUGACAUGAUUGUUGGUUCAGAGGAAGAGAAUCGUAUUCACUUUCAUGAGAAAAUAAGAAUGGAGGACUUCUCCAGUCCGUAUAACGUAACCAUACUCCUGGAAAGGCCUCAUCAACAAGCAAAGGUGACUGUGAAGGCUGAUCUCAUCUUCGAAGAAUACAUUGGUAUUGACCUCCAUGAAACACUUCUACUGAAGAGGGAAAACAACAACAAAAUAAAUUACAAAACCGAAAACAGGCUGCCUCACUAUUAUCCUCCUAUGGCGGAUGCCUGCGUAGUAGAUGACAACCCAGUUACAUCUGGACCUUCAAACCGAAAGGAUAAAAAAGAUGAUAUGCCUAGUUUCAAACUCAUAGAUGAGGAUUCAGAAGAAGAGAAAGAGCCCUAUGUGAUGAUGGACGAAGAUGACUGUGUCAUUAUCAAUGAACAUACAGUCUUUGACCACAUACGUGAAAAAGCAAAGUGUUUUCCUUCAUUGAACACUUUGAAUCCAACCACCUCUCCAGGAUCAGGAAAGUCAAUUCUGAAAAGGAAAAGCUUAGUGGAGAAUUCUCCUGAACUGGAUCCUCUAUUUCAGUAUGAUUCUGUCUUUGACUUACCUACAAAUACUAAAGACGUCAAACAAAGCGCACAACAACUUACUAAGCCGGGUUAUGCAAGCUUUGCAGAGAAAACUGAAACAGAAAGGCCAUUCUCAGAUGAAACAAUAUUCAACUACAUAAGGAAAAGGUCCAAGAAUUCCCCGGUCCUCGCCACAUCAAAACUCGAGGAUCCCAUAACCAUUUCUUCUCAAGAAGGAAGAAACGCAGAGAUAAGUCCGUAUAGAGCUUACGGAUUAUUGGUUAGUCCUGCUACUAAAAAGCCAAGGAUCACAUCUGAUGCACCUUCAGAAAUUCUGUCCUUUGAUAUCUCGAUGGUGAAGAGAAGUGGCACGAGCUUAGAGCAGGAUAGAGGAUUCUGCUCGACACUUGCAGGUAAGUCCAAUGUCUCUGAUUCUUUUCUUGGAUUUAAAAGUAUCUUCUCUUUUCUGUGACUUUCCCAUAUACAUACCAAAACAAAACCCAUUGUUGGUG